AAGAAAAGAAUUAAAUAUUUUCAUUUUUCACGAACAUUGUUAAUUUGUUAUUCGCUUUUUAUCUUUUAAAUUUUAAUUAGUUUCUAUAAAAACUAUUGAUAUUUUUUGGACGUUCAAUUCGCAUAAUUAAAAUGGCCCACGCGGCUCCUUAUAAAACUAUAACCGAUCCCGAAUUAAUUCGGAAAAAAAAUGAAUUACGAAAAGCCGUCGCUCAAGAAUAUAUCAAGCAUACAUCAAAUCCCUACCGAAACAUUAAAAUGGAAGGUGGAACACUGUUUGAUGUCGGUAUUCAAAGAUAUAUGUCGCUGAAAGCAACACAACACGAAUUUUUCAGGCCAACACCUAAGACUUCACUUUUAGGUGUACUAAUGAUUGUAAUUCCGUAUUUUAGUCUGACUUAUUUCAUAAAGAAAGAACGUGACCGUCGAGAAAAUUUAAUUCGUACUGGAGAAGUAUCUUACAAGGAUAGAGGAUUCAAAUUUGCCUAACAAGAUUUACAUUUAUAUGAACAUGUUUAGUGUUAUUUUGGUCACAUUACCGUUGUUGUAUAGAUUUAUUAAAAUAGAAAUGCCUGUAAUAAAUAAUUAACAUUAAAAUUGGAUUUCAACUUCUAUUAUA